UGUAUAGGCUACCAGCGUGUAGGAGUCUGUAUAGGUUUAGGAAGUUUGUAGGUUUAGGAAUGUGGAGAGUCUAGCUCUACUUAGUUUCAUUGCAAGUUUUAACAAACAUUAAGGGCAUGGAUAAUAAAGAAGAAACAACCGAAGCCGAUCAAGCUGAUAGUGAAUGCUGCAAUGGAACAAAAAUGCUACACAAAGAUGGAAGCCAUAACAAUCAAUUUGUUAGUAAUAAAGCCAGGUUCGGCGGUUACGUCACAGAAUCGCUCGUAAUAUUUUGUGCCACUCUUCCUUCAUUAAACAUCGGUUACGCAAUCGGGUUUAGUUCUCCUGCCACUCGUGACUUCGAGGUGUACGAGACACAGUUAAAGUUAACGACGGAACAAACGACAUGGUUUGGGAGUUUGUUGGUGCUAUUCGCAAUUGCUGGCAGCAUGGCGUGUGGUUUGUUCAUGGACAAGUUUGGACGAAAACUUUCAAUUCUCCUCCAGCUUCUAAUAUAUACUAGUGGCUGGGUAUCACUCAGUGUGGCUGGUUCUUGUCUUCCUUUGUUUAUCGGUCGUUGUCUUACUGGGUUUGCAAUGGGCGCUUCUUUCACUGUUAUACCGGUCUAUCUUGUCGAAAUUGGACCUUCUAUCAUCCGUGGGAGCAUGGGGACUUUAUUUAACUUGAUCCUUGCGGUCGGGAUACUGGUGCCGUAUGCCCUUGGUUUUCAUUUUAGAUGGCGAAGUCUGUCUUAUAUUGGAGUUAUAUUAGCCUCUACUUCAUUUCUUCUUUGUCUUUGGAUUCCUGAAUCACCGAGUUGGCUGGUGAAGAAGGGGCGGCGGGAAAGGGCAAGAAAAAGUUUAAGAUUUCUACAAGGGAGAAGAAAAAGUAGGAAGGAAAUAUCUAACGAAGUGGAUACGAUUGCUGAAAGUAUUUUGCAUCAUGAGACAGGCAUGCACUUACGGGACGCACUUGAGCCAAGCUUCUGUAAACCAUUGUUGAUUUUAAUUUUCCUCAACGUCUUUCAACAUUUAAGCGGGGUUAACGUGAUCAUCUUUUAUGCGCAUUCAAUAUUUCGAAUGGCAAACUUUCAAAACGAAAGCGUCCCUUCGCUUCUAGUCAGUGGUAUUCAAGUUUUUGCUUUGUUUGUCCCACUCGCUUUAAUGGAUAGGUUGGGACGAAGGAAACUGGCGUUUAUAUCUGGCAUAGGGGCCACAUUAUGUAACGCAGCCAUGGGAAUUUGUUUCAUGAAGAUGGAAAAGGACUUAUUCGCCACACUUCGAGAUAAUAUUACCAGUUACAAUGCUAGCGGAUCGGCCAUCCAUGAGGUUACGAGCCACCCUCCAGUUGCAGCUUGGUUAACUCUUGUAAGCGCCCUUCUAUUCAUCGUGUUCUUUGCCUUUGGAUUGGGACCUAUACCAUUUGUAGUUCUGGCCGAACUGAUGCCGCUUAAAACACGAGGGGUUGGUGGUGGGAUCGUGAGCGCCACCAACUGGUUAAUGUGUUUCUUAGUCGUCAAAUGCUUUCCUUCUUUCGUGGAUCUAAUUCACAUAUACGGAGUGUUUUGGCUUCUGUCCGGACUCUCAGCGACGUAUGUUGUUUUCUGCUGGUGGUGUUUGCCUGAGACUAUGGGUCGGUCACGUGACGAGUUGGGGCAUUUGUUCGAUCGACGUCAUGAAGUUGUUGCCAGGAAACAAAAUUCAAAAGAUGACGAAAGCACUUCCUUAACAACUGUGUGAAACAUUUUUUCUAAAUAAUUUUAUAUUUUUAUGGCAAAAAGUGAUUUAUUUUGACUGAGAUCAAACGAAGGCAUUACACCUAUGCACUGAAAACAAUGCUUUUGAAAUAAACAAUUGAUAUUUUUUAUGUUUUAGGAAAUUUCUUCUUUCUUUUUUAAGCUUUGAAAUUACCAAAGCAUCAGUCUGCGCUAGAUAUUCAUAGCAUUAUACACUGUGUAUACAAUGUAAUUGAAUUGUCAUGUACCAAUACAAAACUGACAAACUUCGCCAGAAA